AUGACCAAUCCUAGAGGGAAAUACAAGGCCAUCACACUAAGAAGUGGAAAGGUGGUGAAGGAGACACCCUCAAGCCACAAUUUGCAAGAAGAAGAAGUUGCAAAUGACUCAGAAAUCAAUCAAGAAGAAGAGAUACAUACUCCAGCCCCACCAAAGCAAGUAUUAAAGCCUUAUGUACCAAAAGCACCCUACCCACAAAGGCUGAAAAAAGAUGGGAAGGACAGCCAGGUUUCUAGGUUCUUGGAGAUCUUUAAGAGGCUUCAAAUCAACAUCCCUUUUGCUGAAGCAUUAGAGCAAAUGCCAUUUUAUGCCAAGUUCUUAAAAGAGCUCAUGAUAAAGAAGAGAAAUUGGGGAGUAAAGGAAACUGUAGUGCUCACUGAGGAAUGUAGUGCCAUCAUACAAAAGAAGCUUCCCCAAAAGAUGAAAGAUCCUAGGAGCUUCCAAAUCUGCAUCAUAGGGGAUAUUAGCAUUGAAAAAUCACUAUGUGAUCUGGGGGCUAGCAUCAAUCUUAUGUCCUUAGCCAUGAUGAAAAGAAUGAGAAUUGAAGAGGCCAAACCAACAAUAAUGGCUCUUCAAUUAGCUGAUAGAACAUUCAAAUUUUCUCAUGGGGUGGUGGAAGACUUGUUGGAAGAGGCCAAUGCAUCAAUCAUAUUAGGAAGACCAUUCUUAGCUAUAGCUGGGGCCAUAAUUAAUGUGCAAAAAGGAGAGUUGGUCCUAAGGCUACAUGAAGAAAAGAUGGUGUUCAAUGUUUUCACUGCAAUGACCUACCCCAAGGAAUCCAUCGGAGAAUGUAUAAUGGUGGACACAAUGGAGAAAAUAGUUCAAGGAGUCCUAGAAGAAGAUCAACGUAAAGAAGUAAUGGAGCAAGAUCCUCAAACAUUAGGUGGUGAACUACCACAAGAAAUCAUAGAAGGUUCAAUCAUAUUGGACAAGGCAAGCAAGAAGGAAGUGGAAGCACCAAAGUUGGAGUUGAAGACCCUACCCCCAAAGCUUGAAGUAUGCUUACUUGGGAAGCAACAAUACAUAUCUAGUAAUCAUCAACUCAAGCUUGAGUGUAGAACAAGAAAAGAAGCUCAUUAA